UACCGCCCCAUAUCCACCCGUAAAUUCCUAUUCAGUCUAUAUCCUGGCCAGUUGCACCUUCGUGCAGGCUGCUGCACUGCGCCUGUGCUGGCCGAAAAGUUCAGAGUUCGUGAAAAGUUCCCCGCAGUCGAGUUUUAUUUUUUACCUGGAAAGGAUCGCCGUGUUGUUUGUCACAGCUACAUACAAGUGUUUAAGAAGUUAAUAUGGCCCGUACCAAGCAGACCGCCCGUAAGUCGACCGGAGGAAAGGCUCCUCGUAAGCAGCUGGCCACCAAGGCUGCCCGUAAAUCGGCGCCAUCCACCGGUGGAGUGAAGAAGCCCCAUCGUUAUCGUCCCGGAACCGUGGCCCUUCGUGAGAUCCGUCGUUACCAGAAGUCGACUGAGCUGCUCAUCCGCAAGCUCCCCUUCCAGCGACUGGUUCGUGAAAUUGCCCAGGAUUUCAAGACCGAUUUGCGUUUCCAAUCGGCGGCCAUUGGAGCUCUUCAGGAGGCUUCUGAGGCGUACCUAGUGGGACUGUUCGAAGACACUAACUUGUGCGCCAUCCACGCCAAGCGCGUCACCAUUAUGCCUAAGGACAUCCAGUUGGCGCGCCGCAUCCGAGGCGAGCGUGCUUAAGCUGGAUCAUCCCGAGGAUCAGCUAUCGGAUCGAUCGCUGUCGUCCAUCCCCGAACCGACCAUUCUGAUUUAUGUUUUUUUGAGGGAGACGAGCCUGAGCAAGAGCACCAGCAGCGACACUUGGAUUCGAUCUAUUCAUAUUUACAUGUUUACAUUUAUCAUCCUUUUGUUGGCCAAUCGGAUCGUCGGAAUGCCGAUGCGAUUAGCGCCACCGUACACAAAACAUCAACAACACACAUUACUGUAAUGCUUAAAAUAUUUGUAAUUCUUAUUAUUAUUAUAUCUUAGUUAUUAAGUUUUUUUUCUCGCCUGUGCGUCGACGGUUCGUUCUCGCUGUGAUGAUACCACGCUCCUUUUCGCCCGAUUCCGCCGGGUCCACCACCAAUAGUUACGGCGGAGGAGUAGGUCUCCACCGAGUGGCCGUCGUCGUCUGUCCGCCUGCAACAUCCGCCACCAAAAACUCCAACAACUGUCUGGCUGGCUGGCAGACCGCGAUUUCAAGUGAUCCGCGGUCCUUGAGGCGCCUGCUCCUCCCUUUUACUCUAUUUCCUAAAAGGGGAGCUCAACAUCUGGCUGCCGGGGCUCGCGGACCUGGGCAUCGGGGCCAACGUAACGCCAGCUGGACGUGGCAAGGCGGACAGACGGUGGCGGACUGCUCGGCGGGGAUUCCCCCGGCUGCUUGGACGGGCGGCGGGGCGUGGCCUUCUGGCGGUCACCCGGAGGCGCACGGCAUUUAACAUAUGAUGAAGAUGAUAUCCACAUAUAACACCGAAGACCGAAUUGAGUACACUUAACUUUACACUUACGUAUAUGCAUAUAUACAUAAAUAUAUAUAUAUAUAUAUCUAGAAACGAAAAACACUAGGCAUUAAUACUCUCAUUUUGUUCACCUUUCGUUACUGCAAACUACAAACAGCGUAAAAUAUAUAUUAUCAUGUAUUAUAAUAUAUAUGAAACGAAGAGGGAUGGGCGUGACAGAGUUAGUUGAUUAAAUAAGGUUUUAGAUUUACACGCAUUUUAUACGUUUAGGCGGAGAAGCGGAGAGAAAGAUGAACAGAUAUAAGGAUGAUUCAGCAUUCAGCAAUCAAUUAAUAACACACAUCUAUAGAUUUGGAAGAGCAUCGAAUAACAAUAACCGAAACAAGGCAAAUCAGAGCAAGCAUUGAAUAUUUCUCAAGAUUUAUACUUAUGUAGUUGAAACACAUGCAAAGUAAUCAAUCGUAAACGCCCAUAGAUAUUAUAUAUACGUGUAAAUUGGUGUCGAUAACUAGUUUCACAUUGAACAUUUAAGCAAGUCGGGCUAAACCUGUGUGUCUAUAUCGUAUCGUAGCUUCAAGAACCAAUAAGCACCAAAAAAACAGUCCCCAUAAACAAAAAGUAACUAAAAGCAGUGACAGCAACAGCAAAAAUAACUGGAAACAUCAGCAAAAAUAACAAAAAAAUAAACGGUUUUUUCUAUAGAAGAAACCAAAAAACCCAA